AUCAUAAUCAUUAUUAUUUGCUUAAUCGAAUCAGCUAAUUGAUCAAUUAUGAUGUUACAACUUUUAACCGUUUCAAAUCUUCUUGUGUUUGUCACUUGUAUUAAUAUCAAAUUGAAUGUGACCAACAUUAAUCGAGCAAUGGAUGCAGCCAUAUAUUAUGCAACCGAAAUGAAAAUUGAUUUCGAAAAAUUGGGCAUCAUAGUUAAUAUGAAAGAUUUUCAUCACGAAAAAUGUAUCUUUAGUUGUACAGCCUAUACUACUACUGGUUAUCUGAAAGGUAAACAUUGUGAUCGAAUUGAAUUUCCAUUAGCAAUCGAAUUGGAUCAACACAAUAGUCUAUAUGAUGCAGAUAUUUCAUUAGGUGAUGUAAAUGAAAUCGGAUGCAACAAGAAUGAAUUAAAAUUACCUUAUUUGCAGCGAUUGUUGGUCAAUCAAUCAAUUAUCGGAUGUUUCCAUUUAAACAAAUUUCUCAUCGCCAACAAUUGUCAAGUGAGAAUCGCUUAA